AUGCCCACAGGGACACCAUAUAACGCCUUCAUCCCCCCGUAUCCUAUCCGCGUCGACGACUUUUCUACACCAUCCUCCUCCUCCACGAAUGAGAGCCAAACCCCUGCUGUCGGCUUGUACCUCCUUACGCACACCCACACGGAUCAUCUAAACGGGCUAGCAGCGCGCUCGUUCGGGCAGACGGUGGUAUGCUCGCACGACGCCAAAGAAAUGUUGCUUCGGCACGAGGUCUACGCCGAGCGCGCUCUGCGCGACAUGGACCUUCGGGCGCAGAAUGUGAGGUCUUAUGCUCACUUGAAAAUAGACCCCCAGCGGAUGGAGGACGGAAGCCUGAAUCGUGCGGGUUCGCGAGACCUACUGCGUGCCACUCCACUACACGCCCCAGAGGAGUUUCGUCUCAACGAUGGUCAAGCAGUUACAAUCACGCUGUUAGAUGCCAACCACUGUCUAGGAGCGGUCAUGUUCCUCGUAGAAGGCGACAAGGGUGCAGUGUUACAUACAGGCGACCUGAGGGCGGAACCCUGGUUCCUGAAUUCUCUUCGCCACAAUCCAUACAUCCAACGAUAUCUGGACACCUCAAGCGCCUCGCCAUUAUCGAAUCACAGGAAUUCAUCCCGCUCAACAGUACUGCCGAAGCUAGAGGCUAUCUACCUCGACACCGCAUGCCUACUGAAUACAUACGAUGUACCAAACAAGGCAGACGCAGCGGGUGGUCUAACCGAACUCAUGGCACUAUACCCCGAGACAACACGGUUUUUCAUUAACGCGUGGACGCUGGGGUACGAGGAUAUAUACAAAGCGGUCGCGCGCGCGUUCGGUGCCCAGAUUCACGUUGACCGCUACAAGCAUGGUUUAUACUCGCAUACGACCGGCGAUCCGUUCCUGACGUCCAUCAUCACCAAGGACGGGUCGUCGACGCGCUUUCACGCAUGCGAGCGAUUCGACCGCUGCGAACACGUACGGGUGAACGGCCGAGAGUCCCACACGCCGAGCGGACACCAUGUUGUCUACGUCAACCCCGUCAACAUGAGCACGGCCGGGUGGGACCAGUAUCACAAGCAGACCAGAUCACAGCUAGCGAGGGGCGAACGGGUGAACGUCCUGUUGGUCCCCAUCGCGCGCCAUUCUCCUCUCCCUGAAUUGCGAGCGUUCGUCUCGCUCUUCAAGCCGCGCCGCGUCGAGCCUAACACCCUAGAUCCCGCUCUGAAGGGCCUCGACGCGGCGUGCUUGAAGGCGAUGUUCGCAGGUUGUCUAGCUGAAGAGACGAGCUCACCUACCAGUGGGCGUUCCCUCGAUGCGUUUUGUACGUCGCAUGCGGUCGAUCGCCCGACGGUGGCCCUAGACGAGAUCGAGUCUUCCCUAAUACAGGAGGCCGAUGCCAAUGAGGACGUCGCAUUCAAGAACCUGGAAGGCGAAGGUGCCCGUGAGCUCGCAGAGAAAUGGGCCGACAGCGGCCGCAUGCGCAAGAAACUCCUCGUCAUGCAGGAGUUCCUGCCGCCGCACUACCGGCGGGUCGUUGACCAAAUUCUCGACGGGACGUACCGCCGUCCAGCCUCUCGUACGGCCAGGGAGAUCCGCCCCACGACGUUCCGCCGCGAAGCUCUUCAACCUGCACCUACCUUUUCCGACAUUGUACCCAUCCCGGCGCCAUCAGUGCCCACCUUCCAGGGCCGUGCGAGCGCCGCCGAGACGAAGGCGGCGAUGGCACGCUUCGUGGUUCCAAAGCGGCUGCAAUCGCCUGUCCUGGACUCUGACACAGAUGACGACGGGGAUGAAGACGCUCACGCGCUUACGGCGCACUUGCUCUGGGGAGGAGACGCAGACAUCCCAGCUCAUGUCAAUCCCGACAGAAGUUCGUCCCCGCUUCCCGAGACUAUGGAGGAACCAAUCGCGGGGCCGUCGCGUCGACCCGACGAGCAACCUGUUCGCCUUCCUAGCCACAUGCCACUCACGCCAAAGUCGAGUCGCGGGUCACAGGACCUCUCGCACUGGCUACAGUCUUCAUCGCCACUGUCUAUCUCGUACGACCCAUCCACCCCUAAACACCGCAACAUCACAGCCCACGAGGAACCAUGCGAGGAGGACAGCUCGUCGAGCACGCCCCAAAACGCAAGGCUGCUCCGGUCGCCGCUCGAGCCGAUGACGAUUCGACGGAAGGACAAGAUGCCGCAGAUGCCCACCCCCGAAACCCGGAGGCGGCGCCAUGUCGACAGCUCCCCCACCGUCGCAGACCGUGCGCAACGCCCGCGAAGCCCCCCCGCGCCCCAACUCGCACCCGCAUUCGCAGCGACCCCGCGUCAUAAAAUAGACCAGGCACGCCGAAGACGUGACGGUAGCACGGACGACGCUGCGGUGCCCCUCAUCGACCUCCGGAACCUCCACAGCAGCAGCAAGAGGCGCAGUCCGCGGGCGCGCGACGACCAAGAAGCGGCCCCCGUCCCCAAAAGGCGGCGAACGGAAGACGGCGCUACGGCUGCUGUGUCCGUCGCAGCACCGAUGCAGGCCGAGAGAGUUCUGAGCUUCGAGCGUCCCACACUAGCGACGUCUCCUCGAUCCGAUCGUCGUCGGAGGCUGGGGGCUUUCCCCACCCCCGCGCACGCGAGUGACUUCGACGCGGCCUCGGCGGCCGCCUCUGCACCCGCUCGUCCAGUGGUCAAGAAGGAGGUGUCUGCAACAACUACGGUCGGGGGUGGGGCGACGCGGAAGAGCAAAGAGGAACUGCGCGCGGAGCGCCUGCGCAUCGCCGAGAAGCUCGCCCAGGCUGUGCCGCACCGCGUCGACCCGGCCUUCUGGGAGAAGCUCAAGCAUGAAGUCAUGGGUGACGAGCACUUGGCGCGGGUGCAGCGUCAAGUGGAGGAGUUUAAGCAAGGCCUCGCACGCGGGCUGCGUCCGGGUCUCGUCAUCCCUCGCUUGCGAUGCCUCGAUAGUCAAGAGGAGGAGGCGGUAGCGUAG